AUGUCGAGCCAGCAGCAGGUGGACCCGAAGAGGCAACAGGAGCUCCAGCACCAGUACGGCAACUUCAAGAAUAUCCUGCAACAACUCGCGCAGAAGAUCGGAGAUAUCGAGCAGGAGGCAGAGGAGCACAAACUCGUGGUCGAGACGUUGGAACCUCUCCCCCAAGACCGCAAAUGCUUUCGAAUGGUGAACGGCGUGCUGGUCGAACGCACUGUUAAGGAUGUACUCCCGCUCCUCAAGACCAACUCGGACGGACUGAAGCAAGUGCUGGAAGAAAUGCUCAAGCAAUACAAGACCAAGCAAUCGGAGUUGGAUUCGUGGAAGAAAAAGAAUAAUAUCCAGGUGGUGCAGCCCUGA